AUGUCUGGAGUACCAAAUUUCCAACCUACAAUGGGUGGACAGGCUCCAAAUCAUGAACAGAUUCAAGAACAACGAGAAAAACAAGAACAGAUGAAUAAUACAUUAAUUUCGCAGAUUCUUGAUAAAGAUGCAAUGUUUCGUCUCACUAACUUGAAUGCAGCAAAUCCUGCCAAAGGCCAGCAAAUUAAACAAAUUCUAAUACAGAUGGCACAAAGAGGGCAAUUACAAGAAAAGUUGGAUGAUGACAAAUUCAGGAAUAUACUUAACAGUGUAAAUAAUCAAACUGAAAAAAAAGAAACUAAAGUUAACUAUAGUAGAAAGAGGAAUGCUAUUGAUAGUGACUCAGAUUCAGACUAA